GGCUGCAGCAGAUUUGGGAACGCUAGUGGAGUGUAUGCCCAGGAGUGCAGCUCAGCGAGUUUGGAUCCUGGAACCAUGAGUGGGUGCCCCUUCAUGGGGAACAAAUACCAAUUUAAUUUUAGCAAACUGUCUUUGGAAGAUGAAAAAGAUGACAAGUCACAAGAAGGGCUGAAUAAAGCGAGCAAAGGUGGACUUGUCUAUGGAGACUAUCUCCAACUGAACAAAAUAUUGAAUGCGCAAGAACUCCAGAGUGAAAAGAAAGGAAACAAAAUCCAUGAUGAGCAUCUUUUUAUUGUGACACAUCAAGCUUAUGAACUUUGGUUUAAGCAGAUUCUAUGGGAAAUGGACUCUGUUCGGGUGAUCUUUCAGAAUGGGCAUGUAAGAGAUGAGAGGAACAUGCUGAAGGUUAUUACUCGAAUACAUAGAAUUUCAAUGAUUCUAAAAUUACUUGUGGAACAGUUCUCCGUUUUGGAAACUAUGACUGCACUGGACUUCUUUGAUUUCAGGGACUACUUAAGCCCAGCCUCAGGUUUUCAGAGCCUGCAGUUUCGCUUGCUAGAGAACAAAAUUGGUGUUCCCCAAAGCCUGCGUGUCCCCUAUAACAGAAGGCAUUACCGUGAUAACUUCAAGGGGCAGGAUUAUGAACAGCUGCUUAAAUCAGAGCAAGAGCCAACACUACUGCAGCUUGUGGAGGCAUGGCUGGAAAGAACGCCAGGACUUGAAGCAGAAGGAUUUGAUUUCUGGGGACAAUUUGAAGUGAAUGUUUUAAGAGGUCUAGAAGAGGAAUUUGCCAUGGUGCAGGCCAAACCAGAGUCGGAAGAAAAAGAUGACUUAUUAUCAGAACUCCAAAAACAGAAAGAUGUACUUCUUUCGUUAUUUGAUGAAAAACGCCAUGAACACCUUCUUAGUAAAGGAGAAAGACGACUGUCUUAUAAAGCACUGAAGGGUGCCCUAAUGAUCUACUUCUACAGAGAAGAGCCUCGCUUCCAGGUUCCCUUUCAGCUUCUUACUUCUCUUAUGGAUAUUGACGUACUCAUGACCAAAUGGAGAUAUAACCACGUUUGCAUGGUGCACCGAAUGAUUGGCAGCAAGGCUGGCACAGGAGGCUCAUCAGGCUACCACUAUUUGCGCUCGACAGUGAGUGACAGAUACAAGGUGUUUGUGGAUUUGUUCAAUCUUUCAACAUUUUUAGUGCCCAGACACUGGAUACCAAAGAUGAAUCCAACUAUUCAUAAAUUCCUUUAUACAGCAGAAUAUUGUGACAGCUCCUAUUUUAGCAGUGAUGACUCAGAUUGAAGUACCUUUCCAGGAUGAUUGCUCUAAAGAGCUUCAGAACUAUCACAUUGACUGGUGCUCUCUCUCAAAUAUAGCAACUGUUCUUGUACAGUGGGGGUAUGUAAAUAUGUAUUUAUGUAUGACAACUGUGUGAAUAGUAUAAUCAGCUUAUGGCAGAAGGCUAAUUAUUUGUAAAAAAUCUGUAUUGCAUUAGGCUAUAUUGAGGCUAAAAUGACAUCCCAAUUCAACUCAGUGGCCAAUUUAACUCAGCAUUAAGUGUUCAAAAUUGUAGUUGCUGUCUUAAAACUUUCAUCUAGGGAAAGGGAGCAUUUCAGACAGAAUUAGCAUGAUCAUAUCUUAUUUGCACAUAUUUUUGUACUUAUUAGUUUGCCUAAUGGCUGCUAGCAAAUUACUUCUAAUUUAGGAUGUAAUUAGUCUUAACAGCUUCAGAAAAAUAUUAGUAUCUAAGCCUUUAGUGGAAUUUCAAAAGGAAUUUUGGGGUAAGAUUGUCAAAACAAGAUUUUAGAAAAAUCCUAAGUCUUGAAUUCAUGGAAACUCAAGCAUUUUGAUUUUUUAUAUAAAUUAGGAGACAUUUUUCUGCAUGUUGUUACACACGAACAGAAAUCUCCUCAGUAAAAAUACUUACUGUUAAGAAUAGUAGAUGGACCUGAAGUACUUCAUUUUGCACUUCAAAUAAAGCAGUAUUAAAGCUCUU